CAGUAGCGAGCUAGCCCUCGAGGAGCUACAUUACGACACAGAGAAGCUGAACAGCGACACCACGGAUUCUGUAGGGUCCCUUCCCAUGUGAAUACACUCUACACUUUCUCUUCUUCGUAUUACGUGUGCAAAAAUAUCGUAUAAGAAAAAAAACCCGGCUUCCAGCUGUUCUUUAGAUUUUCAAAAUGGACACAAGAGCCUUGAGGAAUCCCUAUCAUGACUAUGAUGGGAGCCCAGCUUCCACACAGGCGCUGUUUGAUUCUCAUGGGAAGCUUACACCUGAGUUUUCCCAAAGAGUGAGCAGCAAGAUCAGCGAACUUUUAGCUGUUAUGGAAAAUGGGCUGAAAUCUGCUGAUCCAAGAGACUGCACGACUUACACAGGCUGGGCAGGCAUCGCUCUGCUCUACCUGCAUCUCCACAGCGUGUUCAGAGAGGAGUCCCUCCUGCAGAAAGCGCUGGAACACGUCAGCCGCAGUCUCAAGUCUUUGACCCAACGCCACGACGUCACCUUCCUGUGCGGAGACACGGGGCCGCUGGCCAUAGCUGCUGUGGUGUACGCUCGCCUCCAGAGGGCGCAGGAGUCUGACGAAUGCAUCAACAGACUGAUGCAGUAUUACCAGACGGUGGUGAACGGCUCCGGCGGGCUGCCAGAUGAGCUGCUGUACGGCCGCGUGGGCUUCCUCUACUCCCUGGUCUUCAUCAACCAGCAGUUUGGUCAGGAUCGGAUCCCUCUGCAGUACAUCCAGCAGAUCAGUGAGGCCGUUCUGGCGUCAGGAGAGCACCUCAGCAGAAAGUUCAGGGUCCAGAACCAGAGCCCGCUGAUGUACGAGUGGUACCAGGAGCAGUACGUUGGCGCCGCUCACGGGCUCGCAGGCAUCUACUAUUUCCUAAUGCAGCCCGGCUUCGUCUCGUCAGAGGAGCACGUUCACCGGCUGGUGAAACCCAGCGUGGACCACGUCUGCCGCCUCAGGCUGCCCACGGGGAACUACCCUCCCUGCUUGGGGGACGACAGGGACCUGCUGGUGCACUGGUGUCACGGAUCCCCCGGGGUGGUCUACAUGCUGCUGCAGGCGUACAAAGUUUUUGGGAUCCCUCAGUACCUGGAGGAAGCUCUGCAGUGCGGAGAGGUGGUGUGGCGCUGGGGUCUGCUGAAGAAAGGCUAUGGGCUUUGCCACGGAGCAGCAGGGAAUGCCUACACCUUCCUGGGCCUCUAUCGGCUAACGCAGGACCCCAAGCAUCUUUACAGAGCCUGCAUGUUUGCAGAUUGGUGCUUGAACUACGGCAGGCAUGGAUGCCGGACACCAGACACCCCCUUCUCCCUUUUCGAAGGCAUGGCCGGCACCAUCUACUUCCUGACAGACCUUUUGCAGCCAAUGAGAGCGAGGUUUCCAGCUUUUGAGGUGUAGAGGGUGUCCACAGGUAGUCGCCUCCCUCGUCCAAAACACCAACACCGCACCACGCUUGCUGUCAUACGCAUGCAAGGACGCGACAUCUCUUUAAUCCUGCGACAAAAACGUCUUUUUACGCAGACGAUUCCCUGUUUUAUCUCACAGAUCAGCUAAGCUUUCCGGUGCGUAUUUUUUGUGUUUUUCAGUGACGUUGUUUUUCGGUUGUUUUGAAGAAAAGGUUGGUAACAUUUGAAAUGUAGAUGUUUUAAUGUCUAGAUUAAAAUAAAGAAUGCAUAAGUUGUUGUUUUUUUUUUUUUUCCCAAGGUGUAAUAACACUUUAAUUAAGGUAGUUAUGAUACAGCUUGAGCUGUGUCUUAUGAUAAUGGCUGAAAAAUAAAAUUUGACAGAUAUAUGCUUUAGUUGACUUAAGUUUUUUUUUGUUUAUUGUUUCCUUUCAGCAGCAGCAGCAGCAGCUAGAAAAAUACACUAGGUGGCAGCAGAGAGUUAUUAGUCAAAUGCCUUUACUGUCAAGUUUGACAUUUAGUGCCAACAUAAAAGGUUUUUCAAAGCCAUCAUGCAAGGGAAAAUGUAAAUAUAUCUGAGAUUUAAUAUUAAAACUAAAACAUUGACAUUUGAUUUUAAAUUCAAAAGCUAAAUGUCAAUUAAAUUGUUUUAAUUGAAAUCAGUCAAUUUAUUUUCAAAAAGUUUCUCCAAAAGCAGUUUUGGAAAACAAUCAGCAACACAAUCCGACUUAUUAUUAUUUUUAUUAUUAUUAUUAUUUUUUUAGCCCCUCUCACUACCCUCAGGCUGUUUUAUGGGCCAAUGCCAGCUGGGAUCUUGGAGAGCUGUAGAGGAGUCAGAGCUGUGGUUACUGUACCAGAGACUUAAGAAAUGGGGGCGCAGGAGAAACCCAACACCACCUACAGGACUGAAAGUAAAAAUAGAGCUCAUCUGCGCCGAAGGUGUGGCCAUCAGGACACGGCUGCUGCUGCUGCUGUGCACGCACUCCUACAAAUGUCCUCCAACGCUUUUAUCCCUGCUGGAGUCCAACCGGUCGGUUACAGUCGAUAAAGAGAUGAACGAUCACAUAUUAGUGUUUCUGAUUGGUGUUUAUUUUAUUUCUAAUCUUUGGAACAAAAUGUCAAAAAUUUGUUUGUUGAUAAAACAGCUGAUGUUUAGGCAGAAAACUGCAAAGACUCGUGUUUAUAUUGCCAAGAAACAUCAAAGAUGUGAGCUAUGAUUAAAUGUAUCUAACUUUCUGUGGAUUGAUGAAUUCAUAAGGUCGUGUAACAUUUGAAGGGAAAUGGAAAAAUAAAGUUUGCAGCAUUAAUUUCAGUGAAAAUCAA